AUGGAAGACGUGAACAAUAAUUCUUCGGCGCGAUCCUACCCAGAUCGUCCAGCAUCUAGAAGAGGUUUGGGGCCUACCAACAAUUUAUUAGCAUCGGCUAACUCGGCCAAUUCGGCAACACCCAGCCCUGUUGCUGUCAUACGACCCGGAACUGCAAUGAAACCUCCUUCUGCCUUGCGAAGUGGAACUGCUACUAGACUGCUGGCAAAUAAUGGAAUUCCCAUUAGUUCGUCAACAUCUCAACGCAUUGGGACAGCAUUGGGAAAUGCUGGAAAUAGAAUGGCUGAACGACCGAUAACACAACAUGGCAUUAGCGGUCUGUCCACGUCUUACGGACGGCUGGGAACUGCUGCUAGUAGCAAUCGUCAAAUCAAAGAUAAACGCUACUGGCAUGCACUAUUGCAAAGCAAAAUUCAAGAAAUCAAUCAAGAAACGAAUAAGCUUUUGAAAGAGAAAAAGUUUCUCGAUCGUGAACGAUCAGCUCGAAAGCUUUAUGAAAAACGAGUGAAAGAGGCUGCAAAGGAAUUGACAAACCUACAAUCUACAUUGACUUCGAUGAAUUUAGCUUUGGAUAACUGUACCUCGGGUAUGACCCGGCAGCAUCUUUUGAACGAAACUGUAGCAUUGAGAGAGCGAAACGAACAUAUUCAGGAACAAUUGGAACUGAUAUUCAAACAACGACAACAAAAAGACAACGAAAAUAAAGAUCUUGAAAGAGAGACGGAAAAGGAAAAAAAUAAAGUGAUUGAAAUGAUCAACUCACUACCAGAGGAAGAUCAGCAUAAGUAUCGGGAAUAUCAAACGCUGUCGGAAAAUCUUCGCAAACAGAACGUCAUUUACCACACCCAGAUCAGUGAAAUGGAGAAACAAAAGGAAAGAUUGAACACUAUGAUCAUGAAUUCACAGACCCGCUCCGAAGCACAUCGCCUUAAAUCGAAGCUAAAAGAAUUGCUCAACAAAAGGAACACUUUGCGUGAGGAGGAAAACAAUCGUCUUUCACCAGCGCAAGAACGCGAAAAGCUUAUUAAUGACGUCCGCUCAAACAACCAGGCACUAGCCAGCAUUGGGAAACAGUUGAAAAUUGUUGAAGAUCAGUUGAUUGAAAAAAAGGAGACAUUACAGCAGAUAGACCAGGAUCUUGAAGAAGGCAACUCUGAACGACACGUUAAGUACAAGGAACUUAAAAAGCGCGAUGAAGUAAUGUCUGCAUUCAUGGAUAGUUAUAAAAGCAAUAUGAACCAGGAACAACAAAGUGUAGAUACUUUGAAGAAUCAAAUCACAUAUGCAAUUGAGCAAAUUACACUGCAAGGAAUUAACAUGAAAGGAAUCGGUGGUGACAAACCAGAGGGCAAUGGCUUUACUUCGAAAAAUGAUCUUAAUUCCCAUUCCGGAUUGAUGAAAGAAUAUAAAAAGCUCGGCAUACAACUGAAGCAGCUGCAAAUAUUGGAAAAGCGUACGAUGCAACAAGUUAAUUCCCUACGACAAGAAGAAACAGAGGCCCUUCAAAACAUUCAAAAGUACGCUAAUUUAGAAAUACCACGUGCGGAUGCAAUUAUGAAGAUGAAUGAUCUCACUUCAAUACUACAAGAACUGGAAGAUAAAAAGCGUGUAACUGAGAAUGUGGUCGAUGAAUCACGGAAUAGAAAUCACGAGAUUAAGGUCAGCCUCAAAAGUAAUGACACGUAUCGGCAAAUUUCUCAUCUCGAAGAUAAAUUGGUCGAUUUAAUGAAAGAAAAUAAAGUACUUCAAGAAACGGUCGAUCAAAUGCAACAGGAAAAUAACUACACAAAAACACGCGCAGAAGUACACGAGCUAGUUAACGAACAUAACACACUUUUAAGCAAUGAGAUGGAAAGUAUAUCUGCAAACCGUUUGGUAUAG